AUGCAGAUAUCUACCUGGAUUUUAUUUUCCAUCAUCAACUUAGUCACCAGCGUGAUCAAUGGCGAGAUCCCUUUCAGAUGCAAAGAAAAUUAUUUUGAAGUAUGCACCAGACACGCCACCCCGCAAGAGAAAGCUCAAUUAGUUAGCGGGAGAGACCAACCGUCGCACAUGGCGAUGGUGGCCCCGCAAUCGAAACAAAAGGUGGAUUCCUGUAACUGUGUUGGUCAGAUAAUUGCUGGCCUAGUUUCUGAGAGAGCAAACUGCUGCUAUGGUGACAGAAAGGAUGUCAAGGGGUUCUUUCACCUUAUGGAGGAAGAUAUGCGUGCCUCAGACUGUCAAGCACAGUAUUAG